CACGUGAACAAUUUGCACGCUGAUUACUCAUGGUUCGUAAUACUUGGUGCCGUGAAGACAGUGAUAUCCUUAUAGCUGUCGAGGCACAGUCAACAUGUCGAAGCAAGGUUUGGUUGAGCGGCUGGCAAAUGGCGGCGACCUGGUCGUGGCGGAGGGCUACCUGUUUGAGUUUGAGAGGAGAGGCUACCUCAAGGCUGGAGCAUAUGUUCCCGAGGUUGUACUGGAACACCCUGACUUGGUGCAGAGUCUCAGUGAGGAGUUUGUCCAUGCAGGCAGCGAUGUGGUCCUAGCCUUUACGUACUAUGGCCACCGAGAAAAGAUGAGAUUUACUGGAAGAGAGGACCAACUGGAAGCUCUCAAUGUCCAGGCGUUGAAGAUAGCCCGACAGGUGGCCGACGACACGGGGACGUUGAUGGCGGGGAAUAUCUGCAACACGACUGUCUUCAGACGGGACAGCCAGACGCACAUCGAGCAGGCCGAGGCCAUGUUUAAAGAGCAGGUGGAGUGGGCGGUGCAGGGAGGGGCUGACUUCAUCCUGGCGGAGACAUUCAGCGAGUACCCCGAGGCAAGACUAGCCAUCGAUUGCAUCCAAAAAUAUGGCCAAGGUAUUCCAGCAGUAGUCAACAUAGUUCCCCACAUUAGUAAGCUCACAUUUGACGGACAGACCUUCGGUGCCGCAUGUCGUCAGCUGGAGGAGGCAGGAGCGGCAGCUGUAGGCGUCAACUGUUGCCGAGGUCCGGGGUCGAUUAUCCCUGUGAUAAAAGAGAUUCGCCAGGCGUGUAAGGGUCCCAUUGCUGCUCUGCCAGUUCCGUACAGGACAACUCCGGACUUCCCAUCCAUGCAAUCACUCCGUGAUCCAUUCUCAGGCAAGCAAGCCUUUCCUUAUGACCUGCCAGCGUUUGUGUGUGGCCGGUCUGAGAUAUAUGCCUUCGCAAAGGAAGCCAAGGAGAUUGGGGUGCAGGUUAUAGGCCUGUGUUGCGGGAACAGCGCCCACCAUACACGGGAAGUAGCCCAAGCGUACGGCCGCACACCGCCGGCAACAAGAUACUCUCCCGACAUGAGUCAGCACUACGUGUUUGGGAAGAACAAAGCCUUUUCAGACUACUUUCAGAAGGGCCUCAAGCAAGAAUUGGUUUUUGGCGCCUCGGAGUAGUUGGGGCGCUGGGCUGUACUGGCAGUUCCCCUGCUGGAAUGCUGCAGCCUUGAUGUCUCUGUCAUACAAAUACUAAUACUCUAAAAUAAUUGCCAGUUUGCUAAUAUGCAAAGAUAAGUGUUAAUACUAUGCUGUACUAUAUACUAAGUAUAUGGAAAAGAAGUAUAUUAGCUUACAGAUUGAUCAAUCGUCUAACUGAGUACUCAACAAAUCACUCUCUCCACUGUACUCCCUAUGAAACCGCUGUCAAUGUGAAUAAUUUGGUAUGUCGCCACAACUUCUAUCAAGAACGCAACGAUUGUAAGAAUGAAUUUGAAGUUGAAAUUGAUUUAGGUUUCAUUGAAGAAUAUGUGAAAUAAGUAUGUAAAUAAGUCGACCUGAUUAAAAUUACACUGUGCCUAAUAUAGUUUUUGGACUUGCAUGUGUUUUAAACGUACUUAGAUCCCUGAGUAAUCAGAAUGGGUACAUUACAUCAUUUAAGAUUAAAUAUGCUGGUGGAAAGAAAAAACGAUGUAUGUGAUGUAUGUUUGUUAUUUUUAUCAAUUAAUAAAUUGUUAUACAUCA